UAUCAGUGCAGAACGGCGGCAUCGCGCGAAUCGGUGGAACGGAGCGCUUCACUUCAGACCUUCCACCGUCUCCUCCGGUCCGAACGCGCCAGACACGAUACCGUUACACACCACCUAUAAACCUUAGGUCUCCUUUCUCUUCCAGCAAACACACACACACACACACACACACAAAGAGACGCCGCGGCCACACGCGCGCAGGGCUCGCUGGAUCGGAGGCGCACCCGAAAAGAAGCGCUCGAGUGCGAAGUUCGCGCGCGCGCUGGCAUGGAGAGGGCUGCCCGGUAAAUUUCAGACUGACGGUAGAAUCGUGAAAGAGCGCGCGCGCGGCGGAGUGCAUGGCCCGUGACAGAGGACACGAGCGCUCGCGUUAUGUCCGGUAAUGGAACAGCAAUGAGAGCGGACUUUUCCCUGGAAUAAAAGCAAGCGCUGGGCCAACAGAAUGCGGGAGCGGGAUGUACAGAGUGUGUGUGCGUGGCUGCUGCUGCUCACCUUGGCCCUGCUGUCUCUGUGGGGGCGUCUGACUCUGGCCUCCUCACACCGCAACCAUAUAGUUCAUGUGAAGGCUGGGACAUGUGAAGUAAUUGCAGCCCAUCGCUGCUGCAAUAAGAACAAGAUUGAAGAGAGAUCUCAGACUGUCAAGUGCUCCUGCCUACCUGGACAGGUCGCCGGGACGACCAGAGCCGCUCCAUCCUGCGUCGAUGCAUCUAUAGUUGCCCAGAAAUGGUGGUGUCAGAUGCAGCCGUGUGUGGAUGGAGAAGAGUGUAAAGUUCUUCCAGAUCUCACAGGUUGGAGCUGCAGUACUGGCAACAAGGUUAAAACGACAAAGGUAACUCGGUAGUGGCAUGCUGCUGUCAUAAGAAGUGGGAGUAGACAAAUAGGAAAUGGAAGGACUUACAAAAACAACUUCAACAAUGCUUAAAUAAUAUGGAACCCAAAGCAGCAGGUUAUCGUGUUCUACUCCAUUCAUACCACUGAAGACCAUCACACUCCUCAGCUCUUCUCCUUUCUCCAAACUUCAUAAUCCGCUGUCCUGGGCGUUUGCUGGAAAUCUCGUCAGCAAAAAAACUGAGAUGAAAGACUGUCUGCUUGCUGGAAUUCACAAUGCUUUUGGAUUAUAUCUUAAGGUAGAACGCUAAUCGCAGAGACAACACACUGCUAACGUCGGAACUGUUUUGUUUAUUCAGUUUCUUCUUCCCCUAGACGUUCUGUUGUGUUACAAUUUACUUUCUUCUGUUUGUCGAUGCUUCUUGUAACCUCACUUUUUGAACCUGAAACAAAAAGUGACAUUUUUGCUUUUGCUGUCUAAAAUCUAAAAUCCUCUGUUUCUUUCUCAGCAUCUUAACUUCGGAAUACUAGAGCUGCAGUUCUGGACUUUACUGACCAUCUGUAGAUUAUUUUAUUCUUUUUCUAAUAAAAAAAUAUAAUAAGUACAAUUUUUGACGCAAAAAAGGACAGAUAAAACGGUAGAUGUUAUGGUAUAAUUCUGUAAAAGUGUAAAAGAUUACAAGUAUCAGAUUAUUAGAACCAGAAGACAUGAAAAAAAGAUCCUCUAACAGUUUUAAUAUUGAUGUUUUUAACCAGCCUGGUAAAUGCUAUUGAGUACAUGUGUCAGUAUUAUCUAAAAUAAAUAAAGCUAUUUCA